CUUCCCUUUCCCCGUUGCUUUUGCGCGCCCUCAUCCUUCCCAAGUUCUCUUCCCUUUCUUCCCUUCUCUCGCUCCGCUCCGCUCCCCUUCCCUCUGAAAGUGUCAUUCUCACAACUUCUCCUCUCCAUCUUUGUCAAUCGCAAUGGCUCCCAUUACGGAAGAGAUCAUCCAUGGCCUCAAGGACACCAUCGGAAAGCUUGAGGCUCGCAUUGAGGACUUGGAGGGCCGCCUCACCAGCGAGGUCAAGCCCAAGUCUGCUGCUGAGCAGAUGCGCAUCAUUUUGAUGGGGCCUCCCGGUGCCGGCAAGGGUACCCAGGCCCCUCGGCUUAAGGAGAAGUACUGCGUCUGCCAUUUGGCUACCGGUGACAUGCUGCGGUCCCAGGUUGCCAAGAAGACUGAUUUGGGAAGAGAGGCCAAGAAGAUCAUGGAUCAGGGAGGUUUGGUCAGUGAUGAGAUCAUGGUCAACAUGAUCAAGAGUGAGCUCGAGAACAACACCGAGUGCAAGAACGGUUUUAUUCUGGAUGGUUUCCCCCGCACUGUUGCCCAGGCCGAGCGUCUGGACGACAUGUUGGCCGAGCGCAAGCAGAAGCUUCAACGUGCUGUUGAGCUGCAGAUCGACGAUGCUCUGUUGGUCGCUCGUAUCACCGGGCGCCUGGUCCACCCCGCUUCCGGACGAUCUUACCACAAGAUUUUCAACCCUCCGAAGGAGGAGAUGAAGGAUGACAUCACCGGCGAGCCUCUGAUCCAGCGCUCCGACGAUAACGCUGACACUCUCAAGAAGCGUCUUGGCACCUACCACGCCCAGACCGCCCCUGUUGUCGAUUACUACAAGAAGACCGGUAUCUGGCGUGGUAUUGAUGCCAGCCAAGAGCCUGGUCAGGUGUGGAAGUCCCUCUUGGGCGUUUUCAGGAACUGAGCUGUCAUUUGCUGCAUGUCUCGCCACGGAGGGAUCGGGUUGGCGAACCCCUUCUGAUACCCAUGAGUCCGACUUUUCUUUGCCUUUGCCAGAUGGAAUGAAAGACAAGAGAUGUGGUCUGAUAUGGGGGAGUCUUGCCCUGAGUCUUCUGGCCGGUAACGGACCAACUACGGAGAGAAGGCUGCGGCAAUCGAACGAGGUACAUGACAUUGGGAAAAUGUGAUGUGUCUUUCGCGUCAUAUAUAGAUGAAUAACUUCGGGUGAGGAUUUGUUAUGUACAGUACUACUUAUUUGAAUGGCAGCGCACUCUAAAGGC